GGCGAUGUGGAGCAGGAGUUUGGUGCCCUGUUCAUGGCCGCUGCCCAGGCACUGUUCUGGGAGUUCCUGGAGAGGAUCGAGAACAUCCUGCCGCCCCUCCGCAUUGAGCAGAUGCUGCUGCACCCGCUGAGUUUCUCCAGCAUUUUUGUCUACCUUACCCUGGAUCCUGUGCGAUCGAACCUUCCAGCAGCGCCCUACACGGAACCUUGACCUCUCUCCCCUUCUCCCGGUGACAGACCCGGGCCGGUUCCAUGGACACAGGCAGCCUCUCCCCGGACAAGCAACCCCUUGCCGAUUGCAGCCGGACCCUUCCUGACCGCCUCCUCCACCCACCGCAGCAGCGGCAGCAGCACCGGAGCGGGAACAAUGGAAGCGCCAGCGAGAAGGAGCCGGAGCCGGAGCCGGAGCGCGGAGUGGCGCCGCCGGGUAGCCAGUGCCUGGCGUCCUCGAUGAUGGGGAGUGGGGAGAGGCGACUGGCUCGGAGCUCCCCGGGGGGCGGCGGUGGGGAGGCUCGGCCACGCAGUCCCCGGUCUCCGGUCCCUUCCUCCUUUCACUUUGACCAGUGGUCGGAUGAGGAACCGGGGCGCUGUCCGCCGCUGCCCCGAUCCCCCCCGGAUCCCCUGCAGUCCCAGCGGGCGGAAUCCCUCCCAGCCGGAGCUGCCACCGUCUGUGACCAGCGCGGCCGCUCAGGAGCCGGUCGUGCCGGGACAUCCAGGGGCCCAGGCACCGCGGGGCGAGGGUCGGGCGGACCGGGGCCUCGACCUCCAGCGCUUGUCCAGCGCCCCGGUGCCGCGGGAGGUUGGGGAGCAGCUCACCCGUUGCCCGCAGUUCCAGCCUCCAGCGGGCAGAGACGGGCAGCGCCGCCCCACAGCAGCGCGUCGCUGGAGCCUGCGGCUGAAGGACGGUGGCGGCGGCAACGGCGGUCGGGCCGGCGUGUACGGGAACGGAAGGCGAGGAGGGAAGCCCGAUGUGGGGCGAGACCUCCCGGUCCGACCCCAGCGACCCCUUCUGUAGCCAGGACGCGGCGCGGAGGAACAGCCUCAUCCUCGUGGCCGGGAAGCCGGAAUAACGCCGCCGCCCAGCGCAGGGCAGCCCGGGCAUCGCCACCGUUACACUGCGGGGUAGAGGGCGCGGGACCGUGGCCGGUGCUGCAACAAACACCUCCCUCCUCCCGACAGCUUUCCGCCCGCCCGCCUGCUCAUAGCUGGGGCUGUGAUCCCGCAACACCCUGGCCAUCCUCGCCUCAUUUCAUCUUCACUGGCAGGGUUGGCGGUGGGGGUUGUGGAUCAUUUUUCCCGUAACUUUGAAUCUCAACUCUGACAACGUCCGAGACAUGUGGAACAGCAGGUGCAGGAGGAACUCCGCGGGUCGGGCAGCAUUUGUGGAGGGAAUGUACAGACGAUGCUUCUGGUCGAGCCUGAAUGGGACAAGAGCUCCACCUGUGGGCUUGAAGCUGGUGGAUUUGAGUUUGGGGAUGUCGGCGGGAGGCCGUGUCCGGGACGGAGCGGUGGGAGGUUUAGGAACUUUCUCCGGCCCGGUGAAUGAUGUUGACUGUCCGCGCCUCCCUCGUCUCUCCUCUGCCCCUCAUCUCCCCCCAGCGGACUCUCCCCGAACAUGGAUGUUCACCUCGGUGAGAGCGGUGAAGAAGUUCAGGAGUGGAGGAACACUUUGCUCUGGGCCUGGCAGGGUCAGUUAUGGGACAAAUUAAGGCUCAUCUCUGCAGUAUUUGAACAUAUUGAACAUGACUAUUGUAACUAUGUUUGCAAUAAAUUAUUUAGAUUUACCA